AUGGAAGCCACUAAAUUUAUUGUCAAUCUUACAAUAUUAUUUCUGUUCUUUCAAACAUAUGGUGCAAGCAGCAGCAACACCAUGAUUAAAGCUUCCUCAAAUGUUACAUGUAUCCAAAGAGAGCGGCAAACACUGCUUUUAUUCAGAAAAGGCUUCACAAAGCAAUCAAAAUGGCUGUCACCAUGGACCGGAUUAGAAUGUUGUGGGUGGCGAGGAGUUAGGUGUGACACGAGAACUGGUCAUGUUGUCUCACUUAAUCUCUGUUCCAAUGGAAUCAACUCCACCAUCCCCGUUUGGUUAUCAAACCUUACUCGCCUCGUGCAUCUAGAACUUUUUAAUAACAGCUUCCAUGGGGGAAUUCCAGAUUCUAUUGGAAACUUAAGCUCUCUUUCUACCAUCGACCUUCAAUGGAAUCAAUUGUCUGGUCCAAUACCAGAUUCUAUUGGAAACUUGAGCUCUCUUUCUACCAUCGACCUUUCAUUCAAUCAAUUGUCUGGUCGAAUACCAGAUUCUAUUGGAACCUUGAGCUCUCUUUCUUACAUGGACCUUUCAGAUAAUCAAUUGUCUGGUCCUAUUCCUGAUUCAAUUGGAAACUUGAGCUCUCUUUCUCACAUGGACCUUUCAUUGAAUCAAUUAUCUGGUCGGAUACCUCCCUCACUUGGUGGCCUAUCAUCUCUAACAUACCUCUUUCUUUCUGGUAAUGAAUUGAAUGGGAGCGUACCUGAAAGCAUUGGACUACUCACCAGCCUACAAUAUCUCUUGCUUACCGAUAACAAAUUGUCUGGUCCUAUUCCUGAUUCAAUUUAG